GGUGGCGCGGGAGCAAGAUGGCCACUACGAAGCGUGUGCUGUACGUGGACCCCACUGCAGCGAUGGCUCAGUCCUGGCCCCUGCCCUAAAGAACGAAGUUCCCAGAUUAACCCAGUAGAAGUGAGAAAAACCUCCGUAGCGAAGUUUGAUAAGGGCUUUGUAGCCUAAGUAGGGGCAGCUGUGUUUACUGAAAGGGAACUGCAAGAGCAAAAACCCGAAGGUGGGUUGGCAGAGGAGGUGGACGACAAAGUUCUUCAUGCUGCUUUUAUCCCUUUUGGAGACAUCACAGAUAUUCAGAUUCCUCUGGAUUAUGAAACAGAAAAACACCGAGGAUUUGCUUUUGUUGAAUUUGAGUUGGCAGAGGAUGCCGCAGCAGCUAUUGACAACAUGAAUGAAUCUGAGCUCUUCGGACGGACAAUUCGUGUCAAUUUGGCAAAACCAAUGAGGAUUAAGGAGGGCUCUUCCAGACCAGUGUGGUCAGAUGAUGACUGGCUGAAGAAGUUUUCUGGGAAGACUCUUGAAGAAAAUAAGGAGGAGGAAGGGUCAGAGCCUCCCAAAGUGGAAACCCAGGAGGGGGAGCCCAAGGCAAAAAAGGCCCGCUCAAACCCUCAGGUGUACAUGGACAUCAAAAUUGGGAACAAGCCAGCCGGCCGCAUCCAGAUGCUGCUGCGUUCGGACGUUGUCCCCAUGACAGCAGAGAAUUUCCGAUGCCUGUGCACCCACGAGAAGGGCUUUGGCUUUAAGGGAAGCAGCUUCCACCGGAUUAUCCCCCAGUUCAUGUGCCAGGGCGGUGACUUCACGAACCACAACGGCACAGGGGGCAAGUCCAUCUUUGGGAAGAAGUUCGACGAUGAGAACUUUAUCCUCAAACACACGGGACCAGGCCUGCUCUCCAUGGCCAACUCUGGUCCAAACACCAACGGCUCCCAGUUCUUCCUGACGUGUGACAAGACGGACUGGCUGGAUGGCAAGCACGUGGUGUUUGGGGAGGUCACAGAAGGCCUGGAUGUCCUGCGGCAGAUUGAGGCCCAGGGCAGCAAGGAUGGGAAGCCGAAGCAGAAAGUGAUCAUCGCAGACUGCGGGGAGUAUGUGUGAGUCUGCGCUGGCCAUCUCUGUGCUGCCCCUGCCUGUCCAGGAUCCAUCUGCCUGGGAACCAGCACUUGAGGUCGCCUGUCCCCUCUGCGGCAAGCAGGGAUGUGUGUUGUGGCCCUUCUUGGGGUCAGCUUGGAGUGGCUCUUGUGCAGACGCAGCCCAGACUCCCUCUGGCUCUCUCCCAGGUGUGGCUCUGCCCGGGAGCGCACAGAGGCACCGCCUUCCCCAGUGGGACGCCUUCCCCACUGCGCGUGGCCUUUUCUAGGCCUUUGCUGCCACGGCUUCUCCUGGGCCCACCCGUGGGGCUCCUGGACAUUGCUUCUGGUAAAAUAAACCCUCGUUCUUGUA